CUCAGUCAAUGUACUACCUCGCUGUUGCAAACAACGCUGAACUUUCGCAGCCAACGCAUACGCAACGCAAACGAAAGCAAACCAAAUAAAAGACAAUUCUGUAUAUUAAGACAAUUUGCUGAAUAAAUUUUAAGCAAAACAAAAGUAAAAAAUUUUGUUAUUCAUAACUAAACAAUUGCCCUCUGUGCUAACAGCGAAGCGGGUGUGUAUAAUUGCUAUCAUACAGUUGAUAAGGAGAGUGAAAAGGCGAGAAAAAGACUUACAAGCAGCGCUAACAUAUUGUAAUACAGUUUUUCCGGAAACAAAUUGCUGCGGCAUACGAAAGUGCUGUCCACUUAAAGGAGCUUUCCAGCAAAACUUGCUGUCGCAACAACACUUAAUAGAGAAACGCCGAGAUGCCUGCACUAAGUAACGGCAGAAACAUGGACAUUGUAAUCCGCGAGGAGGAUGUGUCGGUGGCACAGGUCGGCAUUUAUGCGUCCAUAUCCUUUCUGGUGGUGACUGUUGUGGGUGCAUUGUUCUAUGUCUCGUGUUCGAAAAAGUAUCGACUGAAUUGGUUUGAGAAAAAUUUACUGGAAUCGGCUGCAGAGACACAGGAUACCGAACAGUGCACUGAUCCGCUCGUUGCUGGCACUGCAGCUUUUAAUGCGGACAACAUCAGCGAAUGUUCGCGUUCUCGUUCGAUUUGCAAAGGCAAUGUAAGCCCCACAUCCAUUAAUACUGACGAUCCCACCUUUUGGGUGCCACCACCGCGCAAGACAGUGCAACAACAGGUUUCAACAUCUGCUGAAGAGUCCCCACCACCAACGCCCACCUCACCAACGGGUAGUCUGAAAUCGAACACGCUCUCGAUGUCUUCAACAAGUUCCGUGCCUAUAACACGUUCGGAUAAGCACGUCGUCUUGGGCAUGAACCCUAGCAGGCCAAAGGUGGCGUCGAUGAGCGCGAAAUUGGACCACACAAAAAUUGACAUGUCUCUCUAUAGAAGCAACUCGCAACAGAAGGGAUCGCCGCAAGGUAGUGAUGAUAUUCGUGGCAAUAUUCAUUUGAGUGUGGUCUACGACACAAUAGCCGGCAUGCUCUCCGUACAUUUAAUAGAGGCACAAAAUUUGCAACCGCGCGACUUUAGCCGCACAGCAGACCCAUAUGCCAAAGUACGUCUGCUUCCCGAGAAGAAGAAUUUCUGGCAAACGCGCAUACACAAGAAAACUCUCAAUCCUAUUUUCGAUGAGGAUUUCGUCUUUGAAGAGAAUGCAAGUGUAAUCGAUAAGCGCACAAUUGAGAUUUUGCUCUACGAUUUUGAUGCGUAUUCACGCCACGUCUGCAUUGGAGGCGCCCAAAUACCGUUAAACAGCUUGGAUCUGAGCGAAAAAGUUGAGUUGUGGACACCGUUAGGCUCCUGCGCAGAGCAAGACAUGAAGGUCGAUUUGGGCGACAUUAUGGUUUCGCUCUCAUUUUUGCCCUCAGCUGAACGCCUGACCGUGGUAUUGAUCAAAGCGCGCAACUUACGCAUAAUAGAUGAUUCGCGGAACUCAUCAGAUCCGUAUAUUAAAGUAGCGCUACUGUCCGAUGGUAAGAAAAUCAAGAAGCGUAAAACUGGUGUCACACGUAAUACCAUAAAUCCGGUAUAUAACGAAGCGCUAACAUUUGAUGUUAACAAGGACACAUUGAAGAAUUGUCUCAUUGAGUUUACGGUCGUUCACGAUGGACUGUUGGGCUCCAGCGAAAUUCUGGGUCGUGCAGUCAUUGGCAACUCUGCAGAAGUGCGCCCCGAAGAACGUAUGUUUUUCGAACAAAUGUUCCGUUCCAAAAAUUCACUCGCCCAAUGGGUUCCACUGCAGGAGGCUAGCAAUCAGCGCGGCACUUUAGCUAAUCCACCAACCAAUGUGAAUUAAAUGUUAGAUAACAGCAUAAUUUGCUGUUCGAACAGGCAGUUACCAUAGCGCUGUUAUUGCAGCACAGUGAGUUUAAACAUAAAAUGUUAAUGACAGAGAAAGUUAAUAGCAGCGAAUGUUAAUAACACAAAUUGUAAUUUUCAGAAAAUGUUGAAGCAAAAAUUCUCUACAAGGAAGAAUUGACAACUUUUUUCCUUUAGUGAAUUAAUAAAAUUAAUUACAUUAACAUUUUCAGCUGUUAUUAGUCAGCAGAAAAUUAAUUUUAAUUCUACUAUGCAUGUGGGCGUAUUUAAAAAGACAACAAAGAAAGAGAUGGCAUAUUUUCAUGUGUUUAAAGUUUACUAAAACCGCUGCAUUUGUGUUUAGUUCUGUAAAUGCAAGUUUUGUGUGCAGCUCAGGUAGCCUAUAUGUAUGCGUCUAUACCUAUAAACUAUAUAUACUUGUAUGUACAAGAUAUUUGGACAUGUAUACAUACAUAUGUAUACAAAAAUAUAUAUUUUUAGAAAAGCUUAGAUUAUGUUUUUAUGGUUAUUUCUUUAUGUAAGUAAUUCAUAGGCUGAAAAGGCUUUGGCUUGAUUGGAAGAUCGGCUUAUCAUUGACUGGGGGUACUUACCUAAGAGUUUCAUAACAGUUUAUUUAAUCGCUCUCAACUCAUUAGCCUCAAAGUGACGCUCCCUCUGCUAUUUUAGUUUGCAAUGACAAAAAGUGAGUUUUAUGUUGGAAAAAAACUAAAAAUAAGAUAAAUAUAAAUCUAAAAAUAUAUAAAUAUUAUUACCGGAUGGAACAAACAUAACAAAUUUUCAACAUUUGCAAAGCAAUGUUAUGAUAAGCGUUAAAGUAAAUCUCUCCCAGCAUAUUCAACAACCAAGCACAGGUUAGCUGAACUUAGUUAACAUAUGAUGCAACCUGUUCGGGAAGGCCAGCACAUUUAUUGGGACCUGAAAACAACGCUGAAAGUCAUAUAAUGCGCUUGCCAAGACUCGCUGGUAAGAUAUUUUACGCAAAUGAGUUGACAAAUGGAGACUAUGCCGAGCAAAAAAGUUAUAUUUUCAUUCAAAUGCACGUUCUUUCAACGUUAAGCCCAAGACUUUUCAGGCCAUGUAGUAAUUAUUUACUUAAGGAAGUCCUUAUAUACUUAUAUAAUUUACUUGAUAGUUUAAUAGCAUUUAGAUGUAAUUUUAAAUAUUUUAAUAAGCAUUGUGUCGAUGAAUAUUUUCUACUAAUAAUGCUUUAGUUUUAUCGCUGUGUUUUUUCAAUAUGUAAUAGAUUUGAGAAACAUUUUUCUUGUGCUAAGUAAAAGUUUAUAGAUUGUUUUUAUAGGUGAUAAAGCAAAUAUUCCAUUUGAACCAUUACAUUAUAUAUGUGCGUAUGUAUGUAUACACUUAUGUAUCGUAAUUGCUGACACGGAUUGCAGGGAAAUGAAAAACUGAAUUAGCUUAGUUUCAAUAAGUAUUAAUGCUACAAAUAUUCCAUAAGCUUAAGCAAUUUGUUCAGCGUGCUACUACAUGUGCUUUCAACACUAAAUAUUGGGCAUUCGGGUGAACCCUCAAGCAGGAAGCUGAAUUUACAAAUAGUUACGACCACGCUUAACUGUUAAUCGUGUGCAAUUCUCCAAGAUUCUAUGUCAAAAAGUACCUAAAGUUAUAUAUUCUUAGAUAAAUAUAGAAAUCCAGAAUUUAUAUAUAAUAUACUAUAUAUUUUUAUUGUCACUAAAUGUUUAUACAUUAUAUCAAUAGUUGAACGUAUGCAUGUAUGUAUGUAAUUGAACAAAGCUUACUUAGAGUACCAUUAUUGAUCGUCUAACAAAUUCGGAUUAACUUUCACACCAAAUGUAUUUUUUAAGAAAAGGAGUCGUAGGUAUAUAUAUAUAUAUUUACUGAAAUAUAAUCGACAGUUUAUAAAUCUAUGUGGAUAUAGUGGUAAGAUUUUCAGGCAAAUAUUUUGUAAUAAUAAUAGUUUUCUAAUUAAUUUUUGUUGCGUAUAUGUAGUUGUUACUAAAGUAAUCGUAUGUAUAUAAAAUAAAAAUCGAACAAAA